CGGCCAAUUCGCAUGUAGUGUUAACGUAAACAAACAUUAAUACAAAAAUUAAGUUGACUGUUGUUUGGAUAUUUUUUACUUUCGUAGUUUCACUUGUAAAGGGAAUUCAUUUCCUAUAGUUUAUAUUUUGCUUUGUCAUUUAGUAAAUUGUAUUUUAAAAUGUUUCCUCCCCUUUUUGGAAGGUACACAACAUCUGCAUUAGGCGUAAUUGCUGCUGCUGCGCCACUAUGUUACUUUGUAAGAAAAUAUUUCAACACUGAUAGUGAUGAAGAUGAUAUUUGGCCCAAAAAUGAAGUUUUAUUCUUUUGUGAAGUUGGAAUCGGUUGUAAAGAUCACUUAGUUGAAGGAGGUGAAAAGAAACAAUGUUCAUCGAAAAAUUGCUCAUUUUACAAUAUGAGCCGAAUGCUGCACUACUUGAACUCAGCUGAGUCAUCUCUAGAUGUUUGCCUGUAUCUAAUAACUGUGAAAGAUCUAGGCGCAGCGGUGAUAAAAGCCCAAAAACGUGGAGUUAAAGUGAGAAUUAUUUGUGAUGAAGACAUGGCCAAUGGAUCUGGAUCUCAAAUAUUGUCUUUUCAAAGAAACGGUUUGCCAGUGAAAUAUUUUCGGAAGUCAACCAGACUGAUGCAUCACAAGUUUGUCAUAAUCGAUAAGAGAAUCUUGAUGUCAGGAUCACUAAACUGGACGAUGCAAGCUAUUUUUGGCAACUGGGAAAACAUUAUUAUUACCACUGAACGCACAAUUGUCAGAGAAUUCCUCAUGGAGUACGAAAGACUUUGGAAAUCAAUUGAGUGAUCAAUUUUUAUUGUUAAAGCAUUCUAAAAUAAAUAACUGAUAUUCAAAUUGAAAUAAAUAAUAACUAUGUAAGCUUUAGAACACAUUAAAUUUUAACAAUGUGCAAUGUAAUUUAAUUGAAAAUUUAAUGUUAUAAACUUCAAUCAUUAUACUGUUUGCUCAAAUUUUACCUUGUGAAUACACAUUUGUUAAUUUUCAAACAUUGUAUUUAAAAAUAUAAAUGUAUUUUAUAUAUUUAAAAUAAAAAAUAAUACUGUUUUUCUUUA